CCAGUUUCGUGUUGGCCUGUUUGAUGUUUCUCUCCACGUGUUUGUUCGUCAAGGUGCCCGGCGGGAUGGGUAGCGCCGCGCCCCGCCGCCCCCCCGCCCCCCGCCUCCUUCUGCAGGUGGCGGCGGCGCUGUUGCUCUUCACCUCAGGAGGCGCGGAGCAGGCCCCCUCGCCCAAGUCCAACCGAGUGCACAGCUUCGAGCCGCAGUUUCUGGAGCCGCUGCAGAACGUGACGGUGACGGAGGGACGCGAGGCAACCUUCACCUGCGUCGUGGAUCACCUGGGAGGAUACAGGGGCCAGUGGCUCGGGGUGGCGUGGAUCAAGGCCGACACGAAGGCGAUCCUGGCCAUCCACAACCGCGUCAUCACCCACAACAACCGCAUGAACGUCAUCCACUCGGACCACAAGACCUGGGAGCUGAAGAUCAAAGACGUCCGGCGCAACGACUCGGGCGAAUACAUGUGCCAGAUCAACACCGACCCCAUGAAGAAUCAGGUAGUCGGUCACCUCAACGUGGUCAUCCCGCCGGACAUCCUGGCCGAGGAGAGCUCCGGUGAUGUGAUGGUGUCUGAGGGCAACACGGUGCGGCUAGUGUGUCGCGCCCACGGCUACCCCCAGCCCCGCGUCGAGUGGCGGAGGGAGGACGGACGCAAGAUUGCCCUCCGCCCCGCCGGCCAGGCCAAGAAUGAAGUGCAGACGUGGGAGGGCUCGGAGUUAGUGCUGGAGCGGGUGACGCGGGAUGACAUGGGCGCCUAUCUCUGCAUCGCCUCCAACGAGAUCCCGCCCGCCGUCAGCAAGCGAAUGGUGGUCCAGGUGCACUUCCAUCCCGUGGUUCGCAUCCCCAACCAGCUCGUCGGCGCGCCUGUGGGGACCAACGUAACCCUGGAGUGCGAGGUGGAGGCGAGCCCCAAAUCCAUCAACUUCUGGACCAAGCUUCUGGAUGAGCAAGGCCCUCAGAUCGUGGACAGCCGGCGGUACGUGAACGAGGAGAUCGAGGUGAACCAGUACACGCUCAAGAUGCACCUCACCAUCCUCGACCUUCAACAGGACGACUUCACCUACUACAGCUGCACCGCCAAGAACUCGCUCGGGGAGGUGAAGGGCAAGAUCAAGCUGUACGAGAUCCCGCUGCCGAAGCCCCUCACGACGCCCCAGGAGGUGAUCGUGGGCACCGUGGGCGAGGAGGACUCACCCACCCGCAACCACCACGACCAACUCAUCCCCCUGGCCGAGGACAAACAGGCGGCCUCCCCACAUCAGAGCAAACGCAUCCCCACCCGCCCCCCGCCCCCCUCACGCCCCAGGAACACCCACGCGGUCCCAUUCUCCCCCGAAGGACCCACAGCGGACAGGGGGAGCAGCGGAGGAGCGGCGCCCCCCACACUCGGCCUCUUCCUCGGCCCCCUCCUCCUCCUACUUCGGCUCCUGCGUCCCCUUGUGGUAUAGUGGGGCUGAAGGAGAUUUCGGGGCCGCCCUGCUCAUUCAUGCCGCCCCGCCCCGCCCCGCCCAGCCCCGCCCCGCCGCUGAUUGGUGUUUCCUAGUACCCCACCCCCCUCCCCCUAUCCUCCUCCUCCCAUCUCUCCUGUAUUGUUUUUUUGUGUGAAUAUUGUACUCACUUUUCUUCCUCCUCUUCCUCUUCGUCGUCCUCCUCCUCCUUCUUCUCCUGCAUCCUCUUCUUUUUCUUUUUCUUCCUCCUCCUCCUCCUCUUCUUUUUCUUUUUCUUCCUCCUCCUCCUCCUCCUCUUCCUCGUCGUUCUUGUCAGUAUAAUCGUCUUCUUCCUCUUCUUCCUCUUCUUUUUGCUUUGGAUCUCUUCUUGUUCUUCUUGUUCUUGUUCUUCUUCAUCUUCCUCCUCCUCCUCCUCUUCCUCCAGGUCACACACAGGUCACCUCCUCCAGGGGCCACAAGUUCCUAAUGUAGACCACAAACCCUCCUCUUCCUCCCCUUCCUCUUCCCUUCCUCUUUCCCUCCUCUUCCCUUCCCUUCAGGGCAUCAAUAUCUCGUCUGUGUUCGUCUGUCUCUUGUCUCGCCCUCACUGACACCCCUUCCUCCUCCUCCUCCUCCUCUUCCUCCUUCUCUUCCUCUUCCUCCUCCUCCUCUUCCUCCUCCUCCUCCUCUCUCAUUUACUCCUUACUUGGCAUACUUUCAUCUCUUUCUUUUUCAUCCCUGUUCCUUCUCUCUCUUCCCUCUCCUCUUCUUCUUCCUCCUCCUCCUCCUCCUCCUCCUCCUCCUCCUCCUCCUCUCCCCCCUUCAGUUGUAAGCCGCCAAGCCGCAGAACUCAAAGGGGGGGAAGAGAAGGGGAAGGGAGAGAAAAGUUCCUCCUCCUCCUCCUCCUCCUCAUCCUUUUCCUCCUCUUCCUCUUCUCUUUCCCCUUUCCUGUUCCUCCUCCUGUCUAGUCCCCUUUCCUCCUCCUCCUCCUCCUCAUCCUCAUCCUUUUCCUCCUCUUCCUCUUCUCUUUCCCCUUUCCUGUUCCUCCUGUCUAGUCCCCUUUCCUCCUCCUCCUCCUCCUCCUCCUCCUCUUCCUUUUCCUCCUCUUCCUCUUCUCUUUCCCCUUUCCUGUUCCUCCUCCUGUCUAGUCCCCUUUCCUCCUCCUCCUCCUCCUCCUCCUCUUCCUCCCCCCCCCAGAAAAAAAUUAAGGGGGGGAGACUAAUCCUUGUAGACUUUGAUUAAUUAAUUCUUGGACACAUCAUCGUCUGUCGCGUAUUAAUGUGUAAAGAUAAAAUAUAAUGUGCGUCCCGUGUGUGUGUGUGUGUGUGUGCGUGUGUGUGUGUGUGUGUGUGUGUGUGUGUGUGCGUGUGUGUGUGUGUGUGUGUGUGU